AUGGAAGGUCAUUGCUAUGACCGCACAUGGGACGGGGAACGGGACAACUACCAGAUCGACUACCGUCGGAUCGUGGGGGACACCGAGCCGGCCAGACCCCGCCUCUCUCCCCGGGACGGGGAGCAGCAGGCCCCCCCCUACGGCCCGUACACCCACACCAGCCCCCACAGCAUCGGCCACGAGACCGCGGCGCAGCGGUACAGCGCCACUCGGAUCCAGGCCGGAUACGAACCCGAGAGUAUGGCCGACUAUUUGAUCAGUGGAGGCACUGGCUACGUGCCAGAAGACGGACUGACAGCACAGCAACUGUUUGCUAUCGGCGAUGGACUUACAUACAACGACUUCCUGAUACUUCCUGGUUUCAUAGACUUCACCUCUGAUGAAGUGGAUCUAACCUCAGCACUGACACGCAAGAUAACGCUGAAGACUCCCCUCAUCUCAUCUCCCAUGGACACCGUUACAGAGUCCUCCAUGGCCAUCGCCAUGGCAUUGAUGGGUGGAAUUGGAAUAAUACACCAUAACUGCACGGCCGAGUUCCAGGCCAACGAAGUACGGAAAGUCAAGAAAUUCGAGCAGGGCUUCAUCACCGACCCGGUGGUGAUGAGUCCCAGACACACGGUGGGGGACGUGUUUGAGGCAAAACUGCGCCACGGAUUCUCCGGCAUCCCGGUCACAGAGACGGGGAAGAUGGGCAGCAAGCUGGUGGGCAUCGUGACCUCCAGAGAUAUCGACUUCCUGUCAGAGAAGGACCACGACCGGCCGCUGGAAGAGGAGGGGACUGAGCAUAAUUGUGAUCAUAUCAACACGUGUAACAGUCCCUGCUGUGUGUGUGUGUGUGUGUGUGUGUGUGUAAAUGAAAAGAUGCAGCAUUAUAAAUACUACAGGUUACAGGCGAUGACUAAAAGAGAAGAUUUGGUCGUUGCACCGGCAGGAGUCACAUUAAAAGAGGCCAACGAUAUACUGCAACGCAGCAAAAAGGGUAAGCUGCCCAUCGUGAAUGACAGUGACGAGCUGGUGGCGAUCAUCGCUCGCACUGACCUGAAGAAGAACCGGGACUACCCGCUGGCCUCCAAAGACUCCCGCAAGCAGCUGCUCUGCGGGGCCGCUAUCGGCACCAGAGACGACGACAAGUACCGGCUGGACCUCAUCAUGCAGGCCGGGGUGGAUGUCAUAGUCCUGGACUCCUCCCAGGGGAACUCGGUUUACCAGAUCAGUAUGAUCAAUUACAUCAAACAGGAAUACCCGGAACUCCAAGUUGUGGGCGGAAACGUGGUGACGGCGGCCCAGGCGAAGAACCUGAUCGACGCCGGAGUGGACGCGCUCCGGGUGGGGAUGGGGUGCGGGUCCAUCUGCAUCACCCAGGAAGUGAUGGCGUGCGGCCGGCCUCAGGGCACGUCCGUGUACAAGGUGGCGGAGUACGCGCGGAGGUUCGGCGUGCCCGUGAUCGCCGACGGAGGCAUUCAGACCGUGGGACACGUGGUGAAGGCGCUGGCCCUGGGAGCCUCCACCGUAAUGAUGGGCUCACUGCUGGCGGCCACGACAGAAGCUCCUGGGGAGUACUUCUUCUCGGACGGCGUGCGUCUGAAGAAGUACCGUGGCAUGGGCUCCCUGGACGCCAUGGAGAAGAAUAACAGCAGCCAGAAACGCUACUUCAGUGAGGGUGAUAAAGUGAAAGUGGCCCAGGGUGUUUCAGGCUCGGUGCAGGAUAAAGGUUCCAUCCACAAGUUUGCUCCUUAUCUCAUCGCUGGUAUCCAACAUGGCUGUCAGGACAUUGGAGCCAAAAGUCUCUCCAUACUGCGGUCUAUGAUGUACUCCGGGGAACUCAAGUUUGAGAAGAGGACCAUGUCCGCCCAGGUGGAGGGUGGAGUCCACGGCCUGCACUCGUAUUCUUUUGUGCCAUUUACGAGAAGCGGCUUUACUGAUGGCCAAGGAGAGGGAAUAUGUGGCCGUCCUGCGGCGGGAAUCCCGACCUCCAACCCCCCCAGAAGGUUCAGCGGGUCGGAGGUUAUGUAAUGAGCGGAAGGCUCAGCAGAGAAGCUAGGGGCAGCGUGGCUUUGAGCUGCUUCCCCUCCGCUGAUCCUCCUCUGCCCGUGAAGCAGCACACAAGUGGCUUUAGAAGAGAGACAGAGCUUACAGACAGCUGCCACGCUUCUCUGUUGAGACUUACAGUAUGAGGGGGCUCUCAGGGUGAGUAGUUAUUUUAUAGAGAGAAUUUGUGCGUGCAGGAUAUAUAUAUAUACAUUGUUUAUUGGUACACACUGAUACAUUGCUGAUGAUUUUAACAAACGGAAAUAUUGAAAUAUAUUGUGAUGCUUACAUAUCUGUUAGCCCGCAAGCUAUGUGCUGCAAGGUAUCUCUGUGGGAAAACGUGAUAUUGGCUAUUGGUUCAGAGCCAUAAAUACAAGUUAAUGGAAUUAUGUGUACGUUUACAGCGAAUGUGUACACAGUAACACAGUUACUUCUGAAAGAAGGUUUGGCUUUCUGUGGUGUUUGUUAUGGUGUGUAUGCUAGUAGCCUUUUUUUGUAUACAUGCUACAUUAGAGAAGAAGUAAAAAAUAUAUAAUAUUCUAGUAGAAACAUGAUAGCAUAAAGCUAGCAGAUAUACAUCUAUAUGUACCCUGAGCGCCUUAUAAGUACUGUAACAUAUCCAAAUACAAAACCCAGGGCUCACACUCAGCUAGAGCUGUAGCUCCAUUCAUUCAGUUAUAGCCUCAGCAGUUCCCCCAGAGAAAAAUACAGUGUUUAUACUGAUCAUACUGCAUAAUUGAUUGUUCAUUGUUAGAGAAUAUCUAUUAUAAUUAUGUUAAUUAUAAAAAUGUUAUAUACUGUAUCUAUUUUCAUAAAGCACAUCAUUCCUAAUAAUAACUUACAUGUAUACUUUUAGAUCAAAAUAUUAUACUAUAUUACUGUAUUUUGCCUCGCUCUGAAUUCUCAUAUAUUGGCAAUAUUUAGCUGUAUCAAUUGCUGAAUGUACAAAAAUAAAGACUUCAACAUAUUUUAUUAUUUUCUAAGUGUUUUAUCAUUCACAAAUACAUUCAAAUCGUGGUUAUGUAACCAACGUGCUUAACACCAUUGUAUACUGCGAGGAGUCCUACCAGCAGAGGGCAACAUUGCUACAUUUCUGGGUACGUGAACUGUUGUGGAAGAUAAAAUGAGAAAUUGCGCUUAAUGUUUCUUAAAGUGCAAUAUUUAUAUUUAUACAGUAUAGUGUUUGAAAAACGUGAUUUUGUUUUGUGAUUUAAAAAAAAAUGGAAAUACAGCUAAUA